AUGCUGCUACGGCUACGCUCCCCGGAUGGCAUGUUCCGCCAGAUGGCGGACAACGACGAUACAUUUGGUGAUCUUAUCGAGAAGCUUCUCCCCCAACUUCCUACGACCAUCAACCCACAAUCCAUCACUCUCUCGAACCACCCCGGCGGCGGCGAUGCGAAAAAGAUUGGGGACAUUGCCAAAUUCAAGAUCAGUCAAGUUGGGUUACGGCACGGCGACCUCAUCUUUGUUAGUUACCAGACUCAGGACGUGGCCUUAACCAACGGUGCGUCCGACGCCGACCAGCCUUCGCUUGUUUCCUCCACCAACCGACUCAACGGCAAGCCGAUCCUCCCGACCGAAGACCAUCCCAUCGACCCCCCACCGAACACAUCCGCCGAGCGGAUCAAGAACCCGUGGGAGGUAGUCCGACAGUCACCGCUCGACGACCGGCUGGACAGGAAGGAUGGCAAGAUCCCCAGGAAACGGGACAAGAUGUGCCGGCACGGGCCCAAGGGCAUGUGCGACUACUGCAUGCCGCUAGACCCCUUCAACGCCGCAUAUCUCGAGGAAAAGAAGAUCAAGUACAUGUCGGUGCACGCCUACAUGCGCAAGACCAACUCGGCCACCAACAAGCCGGAGCUGGGGAGCUCCUUCAUUCCUCCGCUGGUCGAGCCCUACUACAGGGUGAAGCGGGACUGCCCGUCUGGUCACCCCGAGUGGCCCGAGGGCAUCUGCACCAAGUGCCAGCCGAGUGCCAUCACGCUCCAGCCGCAACAGUUUCGUAUGGUCGACCACGUCGAGUUUGCCUCGCCACAGAUCAUCGACAAGUUUCUCGAUGCGUGGCGUCGCACCGGAUCACAACGCCUCGGGAUUCUGUACGGUCGAUAUCUGGAAUACGAUGUCGUACCGUUGGGGAUUAAGGCCGUGGUGGAGGCCAUCUAUGAACCGCCACAGGUCGAUGAGGUGGACGGCGUGUCGCUCAAUGCGUGGGAGGACGAGGAGGCGAUCAACACCGUGGCCAAGGCAUGCGGGCUGCAACAGGUCGGCGUGAUCUGGACCGACCUUCUCGACGCCGGACAGGGCGACGGAAGCGCCGUCUGUAAACGCCACGCCGACUCGUACUUCCUGGCUUCCCAGGAGAUCACCUUCGCCGCGCGGAUGCAGGCCCAGCACCCCAAGCCGAGCAAGUGGAGCGACACCGGCCGUUUCGGCUCCAACUUUGUCACUUGCAUUAUCUCGGGGAACGAAAAGGGCGAGAUCUCCAUUGCAGCCUACCAAAUGUCCAACGACGCCGUCGAGAUGGUGCGGGCCGAUAUCAUUGAGCCGUCCGCCGAUCCCACCCAGAUGCUCGUCCGCGAGGAGGAGGAAGAUGACGGGUCCACAAGCCGGACACGGUACAUUCCCGAGGUGUUCUACCGCCGGAUCAACGAGUACGGCGCGAACGUUCAGGAAAACGCGAAACCUGCGUUCCCCGUCGAGUACCUCUUUGUCACCCUCACGCACGGCUUCCCCGAGGCGCCCAAACCCUUAUUUACCGACAGCGGGUUUCCCAUCGAGAACAGGCAGUACGUCGGCGAGGCCCAAGAAGUCUCGGCCGUCGCAAAAGCGCUGCGGUUCGGGCAAAAGGAUAAUUCCUUACCCGUGUCUGAUUUCCAUCUGCUCUGCUACAUCCAUCAGAUGGGCGUUCUCGGCAAGGAAGAAGAAGCCCUCCUUUGUCGGGUUGCCACCCUGCACGACCUGGCCGAGGCCUUCCAGCUGCGUGCCACUACGGGCUGGCAAACACUCCACAUGAUCCUGGAAUCCACUGGCACCAACGGCCAGCAGCUCCUUGGCAGUGGUGGUGCCCAUGUUUCCUCGGCGGCCUUGACCCCUUCCUUUCCUGCUUCUGCCCUUCAGAACGGUAGCGGUGAAAGCGGCGGCGGUAACGACGAUAAACAUGACGAUGGCGAUGACGAUGACGACGCUGGAGAACCUCUUGCUAAGCGUUUUGCUGCUGUCAGGCUAAACGGAUCCCACCACCGCCCUUAUCACCAACGCGAUCGUCGCCGCGAGAACGAGAACGAGGACGAGACUGAUGGGUCUUGA